CGGUCAUUUCGCUUCCACAUAGAGUCAGUCCCUCUCCUCUCUGUUGUCUUGUCUCUCUCUCGAUCGAUCGACCGGAGGAGGAGGAGGAGGAGGAGGAGGAGGAGGAGAAGGAGAAGAUGCAGUACAAGAACCUCGGCCGAUCGGGCUUGAAGGUGAGCCAGCUCUCCUAUGGCGCCUGGGUGAGCUUCGGGAACCAGCUGGACGUGAAGGAGGCCAAGUCCCUACUUCAGUGCUGCCGCGACCACGGCGUCAACUUCUUCGACAACGCCGAGGUCUAUGCCAACGGCCGUGCCGAGGAGAUCAUGGGCCAGGCUAUCCGGGAGCUCGGCUGGAAGCGCUCCGACAUCGUCGUCUCCACCAAGAUCUUCUGGGGCGGCCCCGGUCCCAACGACAAGGGCCUCUCCCGCAAGCACAUCGUCGAGGGUACCAAGGCCUCCCUCAAACGCCUCGACAUGGAGUACGUGGACGUCAUAUACUGCCACAGGCCUGACAUUUCUACGCCAAUUGAAGAGACCGUGAGGGCAAUGAAUUAUUUGAUCGACAAGGGGUGGGCAUUCUAUUGGGGAACUAGUGAGUGGUCUGCCCAACAGAUCACUGAGGCAUGGGGUGUUGCUCAGAGAUUGGAUUUGGUGGGGCCGAUCGUCGAGCAGCCAGAAUAUAAUCUUUUAUCGAGGCAUAAGGUUGAGUCUGAAUACCUCCCACUGUACAGCAACUAUGGCUUGGGGCUAACCACAUGGAGUCCACUUGCUUCUGGAGUGCUUACUGGAAAAUACAACAAGGGAACCAUACCACCUGACAGCCGCUUUGCACUGGAAAAUUACAAGAAUCUUGCUAACCGGUCGCUGGUCGAUGACGUGCUGAGAAAAGUGAACGGACUGAAACCUAUAGCUGAUGAACUUGGUGUGCCACUGGCUCAACUUGCAAUUGCAUGGUGUGCUACAAAUCCUAAUGUCUCAUCAGUUAUUACUGGUGCAACGAAAGAAUCCCAGAUCCAAGAAAACAUGAAGGCAAUUGAUGUCAUACCGUUGCUCACUCCUGCCGUGAUGGAGAAGAUCGAGGCUGUUGUCCAAUCCAAACCGAAGCGCCCCGACUCCUUCAGGUAGGCACCAGAGAUGCAUCAGUCGCUGUGGUUCUUACCUGCAUCGAGGAGUUCAAGAAAUUUAGGAGUAUUUGUUGUGUAGUGUCAAUUUAUGUCUUCAUAUCCAUUUGGGCUGCUCUAGUUGUUGCUGAGUCUUACUGCUAUGAACAGCUCUAGCUAUUCUUGGGAGUUUGGUGUGUUUACUGCAAAAGACCUGGUUUAAUUAUACCCAGUCCAUCUCGACUGUCAGAUUCAUAGGGUCCCUCGGCAGACCCCCAGAAUCAAAUGGUUGAGGUCCUCUUGGUAUAACAUGACCAGGUCUAAGGUCAGAAAAUCUGGUGAAGGUGGAGAUGGGUUAUUGGUUACCUCUGGUUUGGUAUUGGCAACGGCCAUGAGCUCGUAAUGAACUUGUCUUAGACAGGAGAAGUGUACUCAUUUCGGCUUAUUUCCGGGUUGGUUCGAGAUUUGAUUGCAGUUGUUCAUUAGUCUAGUGCGCAUGCCCUGGCAUGGACUCGA